AUGGGCACAGCCGAAGAAGAUGAGCCCCGUCCCUCCGACAUCACCGUGUUCGGGGCCAACUGCACCCUCCACGGGCUCAGCCACAUCUUCCUGCCCGGUGGGGUGACGUUUCGCCGCCUGCUCUGGGCGGUGGCCUUCACCUCCUCCCUCUCCAUCUUUCUUUAUCAAGUGGCGGACCGAGUGAUAGAGUACUACCAGUACCCCCACGUCACCCUGCUGGACGAGAUGGACAGCCCCGUCAUCAUGGCCUUUCCCGCCGUCACCUUCUGCAACCAGAACCUCUUCCGGGUCUCCCAGCUCACCAAGGCCGACCUCUACCACAGCGGCUACUGGCUGGACCUGCUACACCAAAACCACUCGGUCAACGAGAGGAGCCUGGCUAUCCUGAGGGACAGUCGGAGACAGAGCCUGCUCAGCUUACUGGACUUCGGCAAUUACGCCCCUCCGCCCAACUUCAUCAUCAACACAACAGAGAUGAUCGACAGGCUGGGGCACCAGCUCCAGGAUAUGCUGCUGGAGUGCAAGUUCCAGGGAGAGAACUGCACCUACAAGAACUUCACCCCUAUCUACACUCGUUACGGAAAGUGCUACACCUUCAACUCUGGGCUGGACGGGCACCCCCUGCUGACUACCCUCAAAGGUGGUACAGGCAACGGACUGGAGAUCAUGCUGGACAUUCAACAGGACGAGUACCUGCCAGUUUGGGGUGAGACGGACGAGACGUCCUACGAGGCAGGCAUCAAGGUUCAAAUCCACAGCCAGGAUGAGCCGCCCUUCAUAGACCAGCUGGGAUUUGGUGUGGCUCCUGGCUUUCAGACUUUUGUGUCAUGUCAGCAACAACUGCUUCAGUACCUUCCUCCACCGUGGGGGGACUGCAAGUCCACCGCUAUCAAAUCGGACUUCUUCUCCACAUACAGCAUCACGGCCUGCCGUAUUGACUGUGAGACGCGCUACCUGGUGGAGAACUGCAACUGUAAGAUGGUGCACAUGCCAGGAACCUCCACAGUCUGCACUCCUGAGCAGUAUAAGGACUGUGCUGACCCAGCUUUAGAUUUCCUCGUCGAGAAGGACAAUGAUUACUGUGUAUGUGAGACCCCAUGCAACAUGACUCGCUACGGCAAGGAGCUCUCCAUGGUGAAAAUCCCCAGCAAAGCAUCUGCUAAGUAUCUGGCCAAGAAAUUCAACAAGACAGAGCAAUAUAUUGGGGAGAACAUUUUAGUGCUGGAUAUCUUCUUUGAGGCACUGAACUACGAGAAGAUUGAGCAGAAGAAAGCGUAUGAAGUAGCGGGCCUGCUGGGUGAUAUUGGGGGACAGAUGGGUUUGUUUAUUGGUGCCAGCGUUUUGACAAUAUUGGAAAUAUUUGAUUACUUAUAUGAGGUGUUUAAAGACAAAAUCAUGGGAUAUUUCAUCCGCAAGAAACGACCCAGGCGAUGUCAGAGCGACAAUCUGAGCACCUGUGACACACUCCGGAGUCACUCGGACAGUCUCGGAUUCACGCCGAACAUGUUACCUCGUCACCCGACUCUAGGCAACUUCGAGGAGUUUGCUUGUUGA